AUGAGAAACUAUAAACGGAAAACCGAACGGGGCAAGGUUUCGAUAGACCUUUUGCAGCGGGGAGCUGAUACUGUUAUUAAAUCAGGUCGUAAACUUAAAACGGUAGCUCGGGAACUAGAAAUAUUUCAUAUGACAUUAUUUCGCUACGUCAAAAAGUUGAAAGCCGGUUUAACACCAACUGUGGGCUACUAUUCUAGACAGGUUUUCAAUCACCACCAGGAGAAGACAUUGGCAGAUUAUUUGUUAAAAUGUGCAUCAAUUUACUUUGGUCUCUUGCCAGAAGAAGUGAGGAAGUUAGCAUAUAGUUGUGCUGUUAAAUAUGACAUGCCUAAAGCCCCGUAUUCAUGGUAA